AGAUAAGAUAGACUUUAUUGAUCUCACAGUGGAGACAUUUUUUCAUGUUUCAACAUCAACCGUUCAGAUAUUUUUGUCGUAGAGACCAACACAAGGUUAUACAUAAUUUUAAAGUAGGUUUCUUUUGUGACUUCUUUACAAAUAGAAAUUUGAGAAAUGACCUGCAUUUCAAUUCAGCGUCCUUUACUCUGAUACCCCAAAAUAAAAUAAAAUGCAGCCGUUUGGCUUCAGAAGUCAGCCACUUGUUAAAUAGAUUUUACUGCACAGCGCCCUUAACACAAAGUAAUCCACCAAACGAAUCACAGAGGAGUUGCGCAGAAGUUUAAAGCCGUGUUUGGGUAAGCAGCAACCAAGCUGCAAACGCAUCAAGAAGCACCCUUCAAUCCAUCGUCUGAAAAUGGAAACACUGAGGCACCAUUGCAAACUUAUAAGCAUGUGGCUGUCCACUUAAAAACAACAGUCCAGGCUGAGUAUUAACCAGAGCAGCAGGAAGGAGGCCCACAGUGACUCUGGAUGACCUGCAGAGAUUCACUGCUCAGGUGGAAUGAUCUGCUGAUGGGACAACCCUGGGUCGUGUAAUCUACUCAUCUGGGCUUCAAAUAAAAUUAGCGAGAAGAUAAUACGUCACAAUGUAUUGGGGACACGGCAUAUCCCAGAGGAUAUACUGUACAGUAAGCUCAAAAGAGACCUUUUUGGCCUCCGUGCAAAAUGCAAUGUAUUGAGGAAAACCAACACAUGAUUUGGCAUACCAUUCCCACAGUGAAACACGGUGGUGGCAGCAUCAUGCCGUCAGCAGAGACAGGGAAGCUGGUCAGAAUGGAAAGAAAGGUGUAAGGAGCAAAACUGUCCCACUGCAAAUAGACUUUCCUGGGGUGGGAGGUCCUCAAUCCCCUAAACAUACAGUACAGCCAGAGGUACAGUUGACUUGUUUGGUUUAAAGCAUGUUUAGAUUGUGUUAAAAUGGUGUAUCCAAAGCCAUAAUUUAUGUUGGACUAUCACAUAAAAUCCCUUUAAAAUACUCAGGUUUGUGAUUGUGACGUGGCAAAAAGGUCAAACGAUUGCUUUUUUCAAGUCCCCGUGAGAGGCUGUACAUACAGUAGUGUUUUAUAGAUUUUACUUGACAGUUCGGGGAAGGACUUGUGUUUGUCUUGUGACUUUGAAAACCUUUGCUCCUACAGGCAGUAAAAGUGGAAAUAAAAGGCACAACGCCGCGUAGAGCGUUAUCGGUUUGCGUUAAGGUUACUGACUUUUAAGUUCUGUCUUCGUUCUGGAUUAUGAGAGAGGAAACUGAAAGUGCUAGGAAUCAGUUCAGCGUCUCUCCUGCCUUCUCCAUGCAGCAGGUCAUCAGUGUCUGGGUGCGAGACCCGCGGAUACAAAAGAAUGACUUCUGGCAUGCCUACAUAGACUAUGAGAUCUGUUUGCACACCAACAGCGUGUUCUUCACCAAAAAGACCUCGAGAGUGAGGCGAAGGUACAGUGAGUUUGUGUGGCUCAGGCAGAAACUGCAGGCGAAUUCCCUCCUAAUGAUACAGCUACCACAGCUUCCACCCAAAAACCCCUUUUUCAGUCUGAACAACGGCCAGCAGGUUGCAGAUCGGAUGAAAGGGCUCCAGAAGUUUUUGGAACAAAUCCUCCAAAGCAAUCUGGUGCUGUCCGACAGCUGCCUGCACCUUUUCCUUCAGUCCCAGCUGAGCGUUUCCAAAAUAGAGGCCUGCGUCGCCGGAAAGACCAGCUUCUCCGUGGCCCAGGCCGUCCAGAGCAGCGGCUUGAGGAGAUUUCACUCAGAGGAGGACCUGCAGAGGGACCUCAGCGUGUCCUGUGACUCUGACUCAGAUAGCUCAGACUGUAGAGACCCACGGCACAAGAAUAAAGUCUCGCCAUUAAGCAAAUCGAAGAGCGCAGCCACACUUGAUCUGAGGGGGGCCUGCCAAGAGGAACUGCUCAGUUGCUCGUCGGGUUCUGUGUGAAAACUGAAAACUGCUGAAUACAAGCUUAGGUGUACUUACUUGAUUCACAUCCAGAGCCCUGGACGUGUUACGACCUAAAAAGAAAAAAAAUAAAUGUUACCUGUUUUGCUAGCCUGCAAACUCCUUUUUGCUUUUGUGGUAUUUUAUUGCACUAAUUUUUAAACCUGUUCAACAAAAUCAGUGACUAAUUUAAUUUCAGAAAUUCCAAAAUUCAUGUGCUGUGUAAGGAAUGACUUGCAAAAGUAUUUACUCUCCUUCAACCUUUUCACAGUGUCUCAUGUUGUAACGUGAGGCCCUGGCA